CCGCGGAAGACCCAGCUCCACCGGGCCAUGUCCACGGAGCCAGAGCUCAUUGAGCUGCGGGAGCUGACACCUGCUGGGCGCCCUGGCCCGGGCCGCGCCCGGCUGGAGCGUGCCAACGCGCUGCGCAUCGCGCCCAGCCCCGCGCGCAACCUCGCACGGAAACAGGUCCCGGGUCGCGGCCACCGGUUCCAGCCUGCAGGGCCCGCCACGCACACGUGGUGCGACCUCUGCGGAGACUUCAUCUGGGGCGUCGUGCGCAAGGGUCUGCAGUGCGCGUACUGCAAGUUCACCUGCCACUACCGCUGUCGCGCGCUCGUCUGCCUGGACUGCUGCGGGCCUCGGGACCUGGGCUGGGACCCCGCGUUGGAGCGAGACACGAACGUGGAUGAGCCAGCGGAGUGGAAGACACCAGAACUUUCUCAGGCUGAAAUUGAGCAGAAGAUCAAGGAGUACAAUAGCCAGAUAAACAGCAACCUCUUCAUGAGCCUGAACAAGGAUGGCUCCUACACAGGCUUCAUCAAAGUUCAGCUGAAGCUGGUGCGUCCUGUCUCUGUGCCCUCCAACAAGAAACCACCCUCUCUUCAGGAUGCCAGGCGAGGCACAGGGCGGGGCACAGCUGUGAAGCGCCGCACCUCCUUUUACCUGCCCAAGGAUGCUAUCAAGCACCUACACGUCCUGUCCCGCACUCGGGCACGCGAGGUCAUUGAGGCUCUGCUUCGCAAAUUCUUGGUGGUUGAUGAUCCCCGGAAAUUUGCACUCUUUGAACGGGCUGAGCGUCAUGGACAAGUGUACUCCCGGAAGCUCUCAGAUGAUGAACAGCCCCUGAAGCUACGGCUUCUUGCAGGACCCAGUGAGAAGGCUCUGAGCUUUGUCCUGAAGGAGAAUGACACUGGGGAAGUGAAUUGGGAUGCCUUCAGCAUGCCUGAACUACACAACUUCCUGCGUAUCCUGCAGCGAGAGGAAGAGGAGCACCUUCGCCAGAUCCUCCAGAAGUACUCCCAUUGCCGCCAGAAGAUCCAAGAAGCCCUACAUUCCUGUCCUUUGGGAUGACCUCUUAGACCCUGGCUGGCAGGAGGAGUGCAGGCAGUGCCAAGCGCGUGCCGUGUGAAUGUGAGCGAGUCCAUUGGGCCUGAAGAGUGAGUGUGCGUGCAGGUUCCCUCCUGUUGAGGGAAAUAAGCCCAGAAAAGAGCAAAGAAGCUGUCCCCGUGUCCACCGGUGGGUGUAGCAGGGCAUGGCUUGCCGCCCCUCUGACCCUCACGUUCAGGGUCACAGUGGGCCAGGGCUACUCUAGGUAGCAGCAGCUCCAGGUUUGCAGCAGGGGUGGAGCAGACAAGAGUCUCCGUACUUCAUUUCUCACAAGUGAGAAUCUUGGGAGACUCUCCAAACACAAAAGGGUGGUGUUUUCAGGGAUGGGGGGGCCCUGAUCGGUGGGGAAAGGUUUGGGGUCUUGGACAAAGUCCCAGGAUAGCCCUAAUUAGAGCCAAGAGUGGGUGCUCAGAGUAAAGCAGACAUCGAGGUAGACUCUCUGGUUCUCUCUCUAGUGCCUUAUGAGUCACAACUUCCUAAGGUCCCAGGGAGCUGCCUCAGUGCCGCCCCCAAGGAGGAAGUCUCUGGGCCAGGCCCAUUCCUUGUUUGCCAAAGCUAGGGUUUCUCCCUCAGAUUUUCUUAAUGAAGUGUGUGAAUGUAUGUAAUGUUUUAUGGCCUCAACUGAAUGCCUCCUGUGGGAAAAUGGAUGAGGGAUGACAGUCAUCAUCAGGGCCUGAGGCCUGAAAGAAUUGGCUGAAUAAAGAUGAAAAAGUC